GUUAAUUAGGAAUUGUGUGGAGAAGCAAAAGAAGACAACAAACAAAAGGGCAAUUAAAGAAAGCAGCAAGUAAACAAAAGAAAAAUAAAUAAAUAAAAUAAAAAGAAAGAAAGAAAGAUCACGUGAAAGGGGUACAAAAGUAAGUAAGCAACAUCAAACAAGUCAGGAAAAGGAAAGCUGAAAAGAUAGAAAUCUAUCUUGCUUUCAUGAUAACCGAGGCCUCCAAAGUAACUCCAUGUUUAUCUUCAACAACCUCUUCAAAAUUCAAGCAGAAACAAGAAGAUGAUGAUUUAUCCCAAUUAAAGAUUCUAUCUUUUCAUACCCGGAAAACGUAGGUUAUUUUUUUGGGCUUAUAAAAAAAGCCCCAAUUAGCUCUUCAGAAACGCACAAGUUUUACUACGGAGCUUUCAUCGGGAACUUGUGAGGCUUGGUGAAGUACGAUUGAUCUAAAUUUGAUAGACUAAGCGAUACCGGAAGGUGAAGGGACAACUUAACGACAACAAUCUAGCGGCGGCCGUUUGAUUGUGGCUUAGUGUAUGAACGCGUAUGAUCCAGAAGCAAGACUUCAGCGCAUAAGAGCAUACAUAGGCUUCCUAAACGAGGCUGAACCAGAGAAGCUGCUUCACAUUUUCAGUGCUGAACCAACACUUGAAAUAGAAGAUCCAUUACCGAUUGAAUACAAGAGCAUGGCAGAGCGAACAUUGAAGGAACAGGGAGCCCCAAGAACAGGAGAAGAUCCUCUUUGCAUUGUCUUUCUAGAGCUAGAGAAUCCUCUAAAGCUGAAUUCAGGUUUCCUUAAUCUUCUCCCUAAAUUAUAUGGGAAUGCAGGUGAGAAUCCUUAUAGACACUUAAAAGAAUUUAAGGUUGUAUGCUCUUCCAUGAAUCUUGAAGGCAUAGAACAAGAACAUAUUAGAUUGCAUGCUUUUCCUUUUUCUUUGCAAGAUCCUGCUAAAGAGCGGCUAUAUGAGCAACUUUCACCUAGUUCUAUUAAUUCUUUGGCAGAAAUGAAAAAAGUUUUUCUUGAAAGAUUCUUUCCUGCGAGUCGUAUUGGUUCUAUUAGAAAGGAAAUUUGUGGAAUUAGGCAAAAUAAUAACGAUUCUUCAUAUGAGUAUUGGCAACGUUUUAACAGACUUUGUUCAUCUUGUCCACAACACCAAAUAAGUGAGCAACUGCUAAUUCAAUAUUUUUAUGAGGGGUUUUUACCUAAUGAGAGGGGUAUGAUAGAUGCAUCUAAUGGGGGGGGGGCAUUAGUAGAUAAAACACCAACUAAAGCUAGGAAGUUAAUUUCUAAUAUGGCUCAAAAUACUCAACAAUUUGGCACUAGAAAUGAUGGUAAAAGAGUUAAUGAUGUGGACUUAAGUGGAAUUAAAAGUCAAUUACAAGAAAAUGCUCAACAAAUUGCUAUUCUAACCACCUUAGUGUCUAAAAUUGUUCCUGGCAAUGAGUCUACAGCUAAAGUAUGUGGUGUUUUGUUCUGAUUUUUCUCAUGCUACUGAUGAAUGUCCUUCUUUACAAAGUGAAGAUGUCAAUGCUUUAAAUAAUUUUCCUGGUCAAUCUCAGAGGAAAUACAACCCUUUUCUAAUAUUUAUAAUGAAGGUUGGCGUGACAUCCUAACCUUAGGUAUGGAACUAGACCACCAUUUUCUCAAUCUAAUCAAACUAGGCCAUUUGUUCAACAUAAUUCACAACAACAAUCUGGUUCAUCAUUAGAGGAUUUAGUGAAACAACUGACUACCCAAAUUGGACAAGUUCAUAGUCAAGGUGUCCAAUAUCAAAAGAAAACUGACACUCGCCUACAUCACAUAGAUACUCAAAUAGGUCAAAUUAGCACUUUUCUUAGUAAUUUGGAAUCUCAACUUUUGAAUAGGCUCCCCUCUCAAAAACUUUCCAAUCCAAAUGAACAUGCUAAAGCUGUAACACUUAGGAGCGGUAAGGAGUUAAAGGAACCUAAAAUAAAGAAUAGAUAAUUAGAGAAAAAGGUAGAAGUCAGACCUAAGGAUGUAGUUUGUGAAAGUAAGGAAAAUCAUGAUAAAGGGAGUGAGAAAGAACCUAUAGGGAAGGGUAAUUCUGAUGUGAACUUUGAUGUACCCCCUUUCCCCUCUCGAUUUGCUAAAGCUAAGAAAGAAGCCCUUGACAAUGAAAUACUUGAAACAUUUAGGAAAGUUGAAGUGAAUAUCCCUCUUCUUGAUGCUAUUAAACAGAUACCUAGGUAUGCUAAGUUUCUAAAAGGGCUCUUUACUAACAAAAGGAACUUUAAGCCUUGUGAAAAGGUAAGAAUGGAUGAGAACAUAUCUGUUGUGAUUCAAAAGAAACGUCCCCCAAAAUGUAAAAACCCUGGCAUGUUUUCUAUCCCAUGUAACAUUGGUAACUCAAAAUUUGAAAGAUGCAUGUUAGACUCAGGUGCCUCAAUUAAUGUCAUGCCUAAAUCUGUUUAUGAAACUUUGAAUAUGAGUCCUUUGUCUGAAACUAAUGUUGUUAUCCAAUUAGCUGAUAGAUCUAAUGCAUUUCCUAUGGGAGUUUUGGAAGAUGUACUUGUUCAAGUGAAUGAACUAGUUUUUCCUGCUGAUUUUUAUGUGCUUGAUAUGGGUGAUAAAUCUGAUAGUGUUCCUUUAUUGUUGGGUAGACCUUUUCUAAAGACUUCCAAAACUAAAAUUGAUGUUCAUGAAGGUAAUUUGACUAUGGAAUUUGAUGGCAAAAUGAUUAAAGUCAACAUAUUUGAUGCUAUGAAAUACCCUAAUGAUAUCAGUAAUGUUAGUUCUAUAGAUUCAUUUGAUGCAUGUGAUUGGAUGGCUCAGGAUGUUUUUGAUGAGUGGUGUGAAAAUUUGUUUGAAAAUGGUGUUUUUGAUGAUUUUAAGGAAAUAGAGAGGAUUGAUUCUUUUGUGGCUUCUUCUAAUAAGUCAAAAUCUGAUAUAUCUGUUGAAUGUAAGUCGUGUUUGCCUUCUUCUGUACCUAAAUCGAUUCCUUCCAUUAUCAAAGCACCUGAAUUAGAGUUGAAGCCCCUUCCUUAUAAUUUGAAAUAUGCUUAUUUAGAUGAUAAUAAGACUUUGCCUGUCAUUAUCUCAAACUCUUUAAAUGAAUCUCAAGAAACAAAAUUGCUGACUAUACUUAAAGAGUACAAAGCAGCCCUAGGAUGGACUUUAGCAGACAUAAAAGGCAUUAGUUCUACCUUAUGCAUGCAUAGAAUUUAUCUUGAAAAGAAUGCUAAACCAACUAGAGAGGCUCAACGUAGAUUAAAUCCUUCAAUGAUGGAAGUAGUUAAAAAGGAGAUUCUAAAAUGGUUAGAUGCAGGAGUGAUAUAUACUAUUUUCGAUUCUCAAUGGGUAAGUCCUAUACAUGUGGUUCCUAAAAAGAGUGGAAUAACAGUUGUCGAAAAUAAUAAGGGAGAAUUUGUCCCCACUAGAGUUUCUAAUGGAUGGAAAGUUUGUAUUGAGUAUUGGAAGCUUAAUCAAGCUACCAGAAAAGACCAUUUCCCUCUAUAGAUGUUAGAAAAACUUCCUGGACAAUCUUUCUUCUGUUUUCUAGAUGGUUAUUCAGGUUACACACAAGUACCCAUUGCCCCUGAAGAUCAAGAUAAAACCACUUUUACAUGUCCUUUUGGCACAUUUGCUUUUAGAAGAAUGCCUUUUGGUUUAUGUAAUGCUCUAGGAACUUUUCAGAGAUGUAUGAUGAUCAUAUUUUCUGAUUUGAUUGAACAAGAUAUGGAAGUGUUUAUGGAUGACUUUACUGUUUUUGGUGAUUCAUUUGAUAGAUGUCUUCAUGCUUUAACUCGUAUUCUGAAGAGAUGUGUUGAAACUAACCUUGUUUUGAAUUUUGAAAAGUGUCAUUUCAUGGUACAACAAGGUGUGGUUCUUGGUCAUAUUGUAAGCGCUAAAGGUUUAGAGGUAGAUAAACCUAAAAUUCAGGUAAUAAGUUCUUUGCCUUAUCCUAAAUUUGUUCAUGAAGUUAGAUCAUUUUUAGGACAUGCUGGUUUUUAUAGGCGCUUUAUAAUGAAUUUUUCAAAAAUUGCUUCACCUUUAUGUGCUUUGCUUGCUAAAGAUGCUGUUUUUGACUUUAAUGAUGAAUGUAAGAAAGCUUUUGAUGAUUUAAAAGCCAAGAUGACAAGUGCUCCUGUAAUUAGACCUCCUGAUUGGUCGUUACCUUUUGAAAUAAUGUGCGAUGCUAGUGAUAAAACCAUAGGAGUUGUGUUAGGUCAAAAGAAGGGUAAAGAGUUAUGUGAUACAUUAUUCUUUUAAAUCACUUGAUCCAGCCCAAUGCAAUUACACUGUGACUGAAAAAGAAAUGUAUGUUGUGAUAUUUGCUUUGGAAAAGUUUAGAUCUUAUUUGCUUGGUACUCAUGUGAUUGUUUAUUUUGAUCAUGCGACUCUUAAAUACUUGAUAAAUAAGAGUCACUCAAAACCUAAGUUGCUUAGGUGGAUGCUUCAGUUACAAGAUUUUGAUUUAGAAAUUAGGGAUAAAAAAGGUGUUGAAAAUCAAGUUACUGACCAUUUGAGUAGGAUUGUCCCUAGAGAAGAUUGGCCUAUGAUAAGUGAUUUUUUCCCCGAUGAACAAUUGCUUUCUUUAUAUCAUGUUGAAACUCCUUGGUAUGCCGAUAUGGUUAAUUACUUAGUAACUAGGACGUUUCCCCUUUUUCUAACUAAGGAUAAAAAGGAUAAAAUCAAAUCUGACUCUAAAUAUUAUCUUUGGGAUGAUCCAUAUUUGUGGAAGUUUUGUUUUUAUCAAAUGAUAAGGAGAUGUGUAGAGGACUCUGAAUUUUCUUCGGUGUUGAAUUUUUUUCAUUCUCUGGAAGUUGGUGGCCACUUUGGACCUCAACGAACUGCCCUUAAAGUAUUGCAAUGCGGUUUAUAUUGGCCUAUAGUAUUCAAAGAUGCUUACCUGUUUUGUGCAUCGUGCGAGCAAUGUCAGAAAUCAGGUAAUAUUUCUAAAAGAAAUGAAAUGCCUCAACAUGGAAUCAUAGUUUGUGGAAUAUUUGAUGUAUAGAGAAUCGAUUUUAUGGGGCCUUUUCCUUCCUCUUUUGGUAAUCUUUACAUUGUGCUAGCUGUAGAAUACGUUUCUAAAUGGGUGGAAGCUAAAGCCACCGUAACUGAUGAUGCAAAAGCUGUUGUAAAAUUUGUCAAAAGUCAUAUUUACAAUGGUUUUCCAAAAGCCAUAAAAAGUGAUAGGGGAACCCAUUUUUGCAACCAAACAUUUGGCCCUCUUCUUGCAAAGUAUCAUGUAACACAUAGAGUAGCCACUGCCUACCAUCCCUAAACUAAUGGGCUAGCUGAAGUUUCAAAUAGGGAAAUCAAAUCCAUCCUAGAAAAAAUGGUGAAUCCUAAUAGGAAAGAUUGGAGCCUUAGGUUAGAUGAUGCACUAUGGGCUUAUAGGACAGCUUACAAAACACCUAUAGGAAUGUUUCCAUAUCGCCUUGUCUUUGGUAAAGGAUGUCACUUACCAGUAGAGCUAGAACAUAAGUCUUAUUGGGCUGUGAAACAGUGUAAUAUGGAUUAUGAACUUGCAAGGAAGCAAAGAAAACUUAGUCUACAAGAGUUAGAGGAAAUCAGAAUAAAGGCUUAUGAAAAUGCUCAGAUUUAUAAGAACAAAACUAAGGCUUUUUAUGACAAAAGAAUUGUUAAGACUAAUUUCUCUGUGAGACAGAAAGUUCUUUUGUAUAAUGCUCGCCUUAAGCUAUUUCCUGGAAAGCUUCGGUCUAGAUGGCUGGGACCUGUUGUUAUUACUAACAUUUUUCCACAUGGUGCAGUUGAAAUAAAAAGUUUGGAAACUGAUAAAGAGUUCAAAGUAAAUGGUCACAGGUUAAAACCAUACUAUGAGUAUAGAUCUGCAGGGAUGAUUGAAGAAAUCGAGCUUCAAAUGGAAUGAUGACUGAAGUAGGUCGAGCUAACGACUCUAAACAGAAGCGCUACUCGGGAGGCAACCCAUGGAUGAAUUUUGUUUUUUACUUUACUGGUUUUUUUUUUAUUUUUUUAUUUAUUCAUUUAUUCUAUUUUUCAUAGUAUAAUGAUAAUUUUCUUUAUUUGAGGCUUAGUUUUUUUUUAUGUUGAUCACAGGCUGUUAUUUUCAUUUACUAGGCAUAUUACCUCUACCCAUUCUGGCAGCACACAAAAUUCUUCUGUUUUCAAGACUCAAGACCCAGAGAAGGAACACGUUUGCUACUGACUGUGAUUGUAAAAAAAAUUCCCACAGCUUCACCAAUAAUCUAAUAUAUAUAAAUAAAGUAGGCAUUUUUAGAGAGCAUUCGGCGCGCCACAUAAGCAAAGAUCUAAUUUAAUCAUAGAAUUAAAUUCGAGCAAAAUAAUUGGAAAUAAAAUCAAAGUACGAGUUUCUCGCCUGAUGAUCCUAUUAGAUGAGGAGAGAAUUAUAUUCGAGCAAAAAUCUGUAGAACAUCAAAGUACGAGUUUCUCGCCUAAUGAUCCUAUAGGAUGAGGAGGUAGCUUUAUAAAAUGAAGAUCCAAGAUGAUGAAGCGGCGUAGAAGCACAAUAGAUGAAUGUAGACCUGACCAAUGCAACAAUGAGACAGAAAGCAUCUCACAUGUUCAAACAACAGAACGUCUCAAGAAACCAGAUUUGUGUGGAGAAGCAAAAGAAGACAACAAACAAAAGGGCAAUUAAAGAAAGCAGCAAGUAAACAAAAGAAAAAAAAUAAAAAGAAAGAAAGAAAGAUCACGUGAAAGGGGUACAUAAGCAAGCAAGCAACAUCAAACAAGUCAGGAAAUGGAAAGUUAAAAAGAUAGAAAUCUAUCUUGCUUCCGUGAUAACCGAGGCCUCCAAAGUAAAUCCAUGUUUAUCUUCAACAACCUCUCUGAAAUUCAAGUAGAAACAAGAAGAUGAAGAUCUAUCCCAAUUCAAGAUUGUAUCUUUUCAUACCCGGAAAACAUAGGUUAUUUUUUUAGGCUUAUAAAAAAAGCCCCAAUUAGCUCUUCCGAAACACACAAGUUUUACUACGAAGCUUUCAUCGGGAAUUUGUGAGGCUUGGUGAAGUACGGUUGAUCCAAAUUUGAUAGACUGAGCGAUACCGGAAGGUGAAGGGACAACUUGACGGCAACAAUCUAGCGGCGACCGUUUGAUCGUGGCUUAGUUAUGAGUUCCCUUCACUCACUUUUAAACUCUUUCAAUUUUGCGAUUAAUCUUAUUGGUUAAACUGAGUACGAUGUAAUUUGUCUUCAAAUUUAUGAUUUUUUUUUUCUGUUUCACUGUUUAUAGGUUGAGUUAAACGAGUAUCAAUGCUUUGGUUUGUGCGUUUAAUUAAUUCACAUGAUCAUUUGUUCUUGCAUGUAUGUUUAAUUAA